UCAGUGCCAAAACUACCAUGUGCUCCACCAACCCAAGCGGCUGGGUGACUUUUGAGGACGACCCUGUCCAGGCCAGUCCGAGGCCCAAGACCCUCGCUCUGGAGCAUCAGGGGCCCUGCAGGCCUAACGGGCUGAGGCUCAGCCUCUCUGGCCCUGGGGAGCCGCCCAGCACGCCCUCAUCCCUCAGCAGCACCCCACUCCCAUCUCCCCUCGUGGACUUCUUCUUCAGCCCCGGGCCUCCCAGCAACUCCCCUCUGUGCACCCCUACCAGGGAGUUCGCGGGGUUCCCUGGCAUCCCCAGAGCCGGGACUCAAGUGCUUGACCCUAUCCCAGAAUCUUCUCCUGGCUGCCCACCCCUGACAUCCUCACUGCGUGCCCAGCCGGCCCAUGCACCCACUUCCACAUCGGAUCCCCCUUCAGGAGCACGCGCUGCAGCCGAAGGAGGUCCCCACCCGGCGGAAAGCGAUGCCCCCCAGUUCCAGUCUUUCCAGGAGGACUAUGCCUUUUGCAGUCCCUUUUGGAAAGAGGAAGACGGUGCGCCCCAGUGGCCCCCGGGGGCCAGGAAGCCAUCCAGAGGGCUGCCGGGGGACCAGAAGAGCCUCAACCAGUGCGCCCUAAGUUACGUCUGCGAAAAGCUCCAACACCUCCAAGCGGCCGAGCACCAGGAGGAGGCCCAGGCCGCUCCGGACGCCUCCAGCACCCCGCUGUUCUGCAGCCAGCCCCGUGCCGCCGCCGGCUGGCCCUUCCUGCUGAGGAUCCCCGAGAAGAAGACCCGCAUGUCGUCGCGCCAGUGGGGCCCCAUCUUCCUGCGCGUGCUGCCGGGCGGCAUCCUGCAGCUGUUCUACGCGCGGGGCUUGGAGAGCCCGUUUCGGGAGCUGCAGCUGGACCCCCACUGCCGGCUGUCCGCGCCCCGAGUUCAAGGCCACCUCCACACGGUCCAGCUGGAGCGCGUCGCCUACGCGGAGCGCCGGGGCCACCGCGUCGGGGACGGGGGUCCGGCCGCGGAGCAGAUGCUCAAGCUGGGCACCCCCGAGCACCCCGACCUGCUGGCCUUCGCGGCCGCCGUGGAGGACGAGCUGGCGCGGCUGCCCGCGGCGCCGCCGCGGCCCGGCCGGGCGCAUGAGGACCCCGAGAUGCUGCUGGAGGUGGAGGACCGCUUUCGGGGCGUCGUGGCCCGGGGCGCGGGGGGCCUGGCGCAGGGCGCGGUGCUCACGCGCGUCUGGUGCCUCUGCUUCCUCGCCGGCGCGGCGGAGCGCUGCUUCGUGGCGCUCAACCUCCGCGACGCCGAGCGGCCGGAGGGGGACCCCGAGGGUUCGGGGGUGCGGCUGCGGGAGCAUCACCUGCACGGCUGCGUGGACGCCGCCCAGUUCGCGCGCUCCCGCGUGCUCCGCUUCGCGCCCCCCGACGCCUGCCGCGUGGAGCUGCUGCGCUUCCGACCCGCCGCGCCCCGCGGGGACCCCCCGCCGCUGCGGGUGCGGCCGCGCGUGGCGGUGCGGGGCGCGGCGCUGGAGCUGCGGGCGGACGUCCGCCUGGACCCCGGACUCGGACUCGGACCCGGGCCCGGCCCCGCCUGCCACGACGUGGUGCUGCGCUUCCCGGUGCCCGCGCGCUGGGCCGGGGCCGAGUGGACCCGCAACGUGCCCACGCGCGCGCGCGCCCUCAAGGUCCGGCGCAGCCGCGGAGGCGCGUGUCUGGGCGGCGGCCUCGAACCCGCGGCCGAGGCCAGGCUGCGGGUGAGCGCGGGCGCCGCCGCGUACGAGAGCGCCUUCCGCGCCCUGGUGUGGCGCCUCGGAGGCCUGCCCGCGCCCGGCUCGGGUCCUGAUCAGACCUAUUGUUUGUCCUACAAACUUGAACUUGGCUCAGACCAGGAAAUCCCCUCGGACUGGCACCCCUUCGCCACUGUUGAGUUCGAGGUGCUGGACACAUAUGCUUCAGGGAUCGAGGUCCUCUCUCUGGGAGUGGACAGUGACGUCCAGCCGCAGAAACACAUCCAAAAGAGAGCCUGUUACAGCAUCCAGGUGGAAAUCGAGAAGGAGUGGAUUAAAAUCGAUGGAGAAGAUCCAGAUAAAGCGGAUAACUGCAUGACUCAGUGA